CGGGCCUGCACGGCGGGUGCGGAAACGCCGCUGGAAGCGUGCGGGCGCGGAUAGACAUCAUGCCGCUCGAACUGGAGCUGUGUCCCGGGCGUUGGGUGGGUGGGCAGCACCCUUGCUUCAUCAUCGCGGAAAUCGGCCAGAACCACCAGGGCGACCUGGACAUCGCCAAGCGCAUGAUCCGCACUGCCAAGGAGUGCGGGGCUGACUGCGCUAAAUUUCAGAAGAGCGAGUUGGAGUUCAAGUUUAACCGGAAGGCCCUGGAGAGACCAUAUACUUCGAAGCAUUCAUGGGGGUCGACAUAUGGGGAGCAUAAACGGCAUCUAGAAUUCAGCCACGCCCAGUACAGGGAGCUGCAGCGCUAUGCGCAGGAGAUUGGCAUCUUCUUCACUGCCUCUGGCAUGGACGAGAUGGCGGUUGAGUUUCUGCAUGAACUGAAUGUCCCGUUUUUCAAAGUUGGAUCUGGCGACACUAACAAUUUUCCUUAUCUGGAGAAGACAGCCAAGAAAGGUCGUCCUAUGGUGAUCUCCAGUGGGAUGCAGUCGAUGGACACCAUGAAGCAAGUCUACCAGAUCGUGAAGCCCCUCAACCCCAACUUCUGCUUCCUCCAGUGCACCAGCGCGUACCCACUGCAGCCAGAGGAUGCCAACCUGCGCGUCAUCUCGGAGUACCAGAAGCUCUUUCCCGACAUUCCCAUAGGGUAUUCCGGACAUGAGACAGGCAUCGCCAUAUCCGUGGCUGCAGUGGCUCUGGGGGCCAAGGUGUUGGAACGCCACAUAACUUUGGACAAAACUUGGAAGGGGAGUGACCACUCGGCCUCGUUGGAGCCUGGAGAGCUGGCAGAGCUGGUGCGGUCCGUGCGCCUGGUGGAGCGGGCAUUGGGCUCCCCAGUCAAGCAGCUGCUGCCCUGUGAGGUGGCCUGCAACGAGAAGCUGGGCAAGUCUGUGGUGGCCAAAGUGAAAAUCCCAGAAGGCACCAUCCUGACCCUGGACAUGCUCACCGUGAAGGUGGGAGAGCCCAAAGGCUAUCCUCCUGAAGACAUCUUCAGCCUCGUGGGCAGAAAGGUGCUGGUCACUGUGGAAGAAGAUGACACAAUCAUGGAAGACUCUGUGGAAAAUCACAGCAAGAAAAUCAAGUCUUAAAAUAAAGUGCCUCUCUCUGGCUUCUCAGCCACCAUGCUACUACUGUCCAGUGUGUUGGGUAUACCUGUCACAGCAGCCACCUGUGUCCAGCCCAUUGGAAAGGAAGGACCAAUGAGGCCUUUCUACUCUGAGGUGUCCAGCCAGAGAAGGCAGCCCUGAGCAAACGUAGCUCCUUUAGGGUUUCUGUGAGGCUGUUUUCGUCUUAACCCUUCAUGUUCCCACCCUACAUAGCAACUCCAGGAACCUCACAGACAGCUGGGUUCCUCAGAGUACCAAAUAGUGGUCGCUUACAUUAGACUCUCCCGAGGCCUUGUGGGCAGAGGCAAGCGCUCCUGUCUCUGAGUGAAGGUUGGUAGGAAGAGAGCAGUCGAUUUUCCCUUUGGCAAACCCUCAGGGCAGCCUUACUCAGAGGGUAGUGCACGCUACACCAUGGUACACUUGGUCCAUGAGGUGACCCUUAGAAAGGGGAUGUGAGCAGGGAGGAACAGUCUGGGUAAGGGGUAGUGGUGUGGGGCGUGGAGCUGGCAUGCCGUAAGUGUGAGGGGGGUGCAGAAAUCAUCUCUGCCAUAAUCCCCAGUGUCUUGUCACAGAUGACAGAUGACAACUCAGGCACAAAGCCUCCACUGUUCGACUUCUUUAAGCUGGGUGAACUUUUUAUAGAGGUUCAUUGUCACGUUGCACUUUGUUCUUUGCUGAAUCAGAGCUGGAAUUAAUUUGUUCUUUUCAAGUGUCUUCUCGUCUACAUUUUAUUUUUAAAAAAUUUACUUGUUUGUUUUUUAUUUUUCUGAGACAAGAUCUCACUCUAUAUCCCUGCCUGACCCAGCACUUGCUUUGUAGACCAGACUGGACUCGAACUCCAAGAUCCGCCUGCCUCUGCCUCCCGAGGG